UAGUGAUUAGCACCCAGCACUUCCCACAGACACCUAUAAAUCUAGCAGCAGCAGCAUCAUUGUUCUCCAGCAUCAGCACCAUCCUGCCAGCUGCGGCUGCAUCAGGUAGACCCACGGGAAGGCAUCAUCAGAGCAAGGGCAAGGAGUCAAGAUGGCAGGUAUCCUAGUUUGGUUUUGGAAUGAGAGAUUUUGGUUGCCUCACAAUGUAACCUGGGCAGAUCUGAAGAACACAGAGGAGGCUACUUUCCCCCAGGCUGAAGAUCUCUACCUUGCCAUCCCUCUGGCAUUCUGCAUCUUCAUGAUACGCCUGUUCUUUGAAAGGUUUAUAGCUAAACCGUGUGCUUUGGCUCUUAAGAUCCAAGCCUGUGGACCACAGAAGGCCCAGCACAAUGCCAUCCUGGAAAAAGUCUUUACUGCGAUCACAAAGCACCCCGAUGAAAAGAGACUGGAAGGACUUUCCAAGCAGCUGGACUGGGAUGUACGUAGUAUUCAGCGCUGGUUUCGGCAGAGAAGGAAUCAAGAAAAGCCAAGCACCCUGACACGGUUCUGUGAGAGCAUGUGGAAAUUUACUUUCAACCUUUAUAUAUUUACUUAUGGGGUCCGAUAUCUCAAAAAGACUCCUUGGCUCUGGAACACAAGACAGUGUUGGUACAACUAUCCCUAUCAGCAACUGACGGCAGAUUUGCAUUACUACUAUAUUGUGGAGUUGUCUUUCUACUGGUCUUUGAUGUUUUCUCAAUUCACAGACAUCAAAAGAAAGGAUUUCGGAAUUAUGUUUCUUCACCAUCUUGCAACAAUAUCCCUUAUCACAUUCUCAUAUGUAAACAACAUGGUACGAGUAGGUACCUUGGUGAUGUGCCUUCACGACAUGGCGGAUGUUUUGCUAGAGGCGGCCAAAAUGGCAAAUUAUUCCAAAUGUCAAAAACUGUGCGACCUCCUAUUUGUCGUGUUCGCUCUGGUGUUCGUGAUUGCUAGACUUGGUGUAUUCCCUUUAUGGAUACUAAACACUACUCUGUUUGAAAGCUGGGAAAUUGUCGGCCCUUAUCCCUCCUGGUGGGUCUUUAAUCUCCUGCUGUUACUGCUUCAAUCUCUGCAUCUAUUCUGGUCUUACCUAAUAGUCAAGAUUGCUUGUAAAGCCAUCUCGAAAGGCAAGACCGGGAAAUGGAAUCCUUUGCAUGUGUCAAAGGAUGACAGAAGUGAUAUUGAAUCCAGCUCGGAUGAAGAAGAUUCAGUACCACGCACACAGAAAUCACAUCACACCAGUACCAAUGGGGUCAACAGCUCAAAUGGAACAAAUGGUUACCUCACUGGUGCCGCACCUUCAGAUGAACAUUAGAGAAAAAGAAACAAUUCUUCAAUUGAACAAUAAACUGUUUGCUACAGGACACAUCUAGUAACUCGUGAAUGAGGUUUCUCCAUGUAUCUCUGCAUCAGAAACCAAUAUAGGAAUAUUCAAACUGUGCACUACCAUUAUUUGUCAUGACUUGAGGAAGGAGUAAUAAUGAGCAACAUGUGCGGGCAUGCUUUGGGUUUCAACAUGAAUCAGUAUUUUCAUCAGCCUGAACGUUAUAUAUUGUUCAUAUUUGAAGGGUAUGUCUGUUUGUAUUAGAAGGUUCCCGCCCAAAAAAACUCUGAUCACAGAUAGUGCUAAAACCUCCAGCGAUCAUCUAUAAUCAGGACAGGCAAGUCUUCUGUAAGUGUUCAUUUCCCCCCACAGCACCACCUCAGGUGAAAAGAAGCAUUACAUGAUGCUAGCUUUGUAAUGCUCAUCCAGACUGGGUCCUCCAGAGAGAUGCUGUUUGCAGCUGUUUGCUAUAUCUAGUUUAUGGAAGUAACAAAUGUGGCACUCAGAAUUUCCUAAUAGGAUAUAUGGAUUUUCUAAACCAGACAACGCCACUAAAGCAGUUGUUCACUUUGAACAACUCUCUUUGCUUCAAAUCUUUCCUGCAAUAAGCUACUGUAUUUGCAGAUGUCCCAGUGCUGGGACUUCUUUCAAUGAGUGCCAAUGUCAAGAGAACAGCAAGUCCCAGGAACCAGAUGUGAGUCUGAAAAAUUUCUGCAGACAUCUAACUUUUUGCAUCUUUUUCAAUUGAUGUCUAUGAAAUGUAAUAUCGCCUGAUCACUAAAUCAUCAUGGUGACUCCUACAGGGCUUCAGAUAUCUCCAGUAUUUUGUCACUACGGGGAAAAUGAAGCAUUGCUCUCUGUCCAUUAUUCAAGUCAUCCAUUUAUUUCAGUAAAUUCAAAGGAAAAGUACUCAAGUUUUAUUUAUUUUUUCUUUAAAUUUCACUGUGUACGAUGGUGAUGAAGAUCUGCAGUGGUAUUACUCUUGAUUGAUAUACUUUUCAUAAUCAUCAGUUUGAUUUUCUGUGUCAGUGUGAUUAAAACUUGACAUAUUGUGGUAAAUUAUAGUUGUCAGUGUGUGCAAAUCAUGUACAUAAAAUGGAAGACAUAUAGAGAGCCUCAUAUACAAAGUGUUGUAUGAACUGUCGGAAAAGACUGUGGAGUCUUGGCCGAUCCUCAUGUCCUCUGAUGCUGAGGAGUGUGUGAUUUCCCCUGCAGAUUCUGCAGUAUUUCGGCCCAUUUUGGGCAUUAAGGUUCAAGAUUUAUUUUUUUCUAUUUCUUUUCUAUUGAUGUAGUUUCAAAGUCCUGUAUUUUUCAGCGCCACCAUAUUGGGUUGCAUAAAACUUACUGCUUAGCUUUUUUUUCUAUAGUUUUUGGUAGGGAAUACAAAAAAUCUGCAUUUCCACUACUGUCUUUAGUCCCCCCCCCGUACCCCCCCACUGUUUACAUAUGAUUAAUAUAACACUUUAGCUUUACCACGGCAUUUAAUAGGUUCAACAGCCAGAAGGAGAAGCUUCUCAGAUCUUGGCCAUUAUAGCUGGAGUCCAGGAGUUACUGCUUAGGUCCAUUAAUGAUCGCAAGGGUACAUCUGAGCCUUUGAGAUCACUGUGACUUACAUAAAGCAGCAUGGUGCCUUAAUUUACCGGGGACAUCCAUCCUUUACUAAGAGAUGGCCUAUCCUCAAUUCCUUAGGAUAGGCCAUCACUAGCUGUUCGAGACCCCGCACUCUCCUCGAUCAGUGCUUCGGUUGUAGCUCUAUUGACGGAAGUCGACAUCAGAACUACAAAGCACCUUCUUAUAGUGAAGGGAGCUUAUUAAUACAUAACAUUGACUUCAGUGGGAGCAAUUCUGUAGUAAUGAGCUCCCUCCAGCGGGAAGUUGACACAGAUGUUUGGUUCCGGUGCCGACAGAGCUACACCCAAACAGAUGAUUGUCAGGCCCCUGCCAAUCAGCUAAUGAUGAGCUAUCAUGACGAUCCAAGGACUCUCCUUGACCUAGAGAGUCCACCUUGAGCUUCACUCCUGGACCCAGAGAGCUUGUUUGGGACCCUGGUCCAAUGACCAUGGGCCAGGAUAGACAUAAGAGCUAAUUGGGACCCGGAUCCACUGACCACAUGUCUGCACUAUUAAGGCGCAAUCUUAGAUCAUAACCACUUUUCCUGUCCCCA